AUGCAGCAUGACGAGGAGCGAUAUGCGGAUGGCUUUGCUGAAUACGGCAGCUAUUUUGGCGGACCAUCAUUUGACUAUCUUGCGCCCGCUCAGCCAAUUUCUCCAACAAUCGCAGGAGCGUCUAUCGAACAUGCCUCCUGCUCGAAACACGCCCCUCACGAUACUGCUUACAAGGCGCCUGAGUACAUGAAAGACGAGGACACUUUCCCGUCUGCGUCACCCGUUUUCGGUUAUGAUCCAUCUCUGAAGUCGAACAGGGCCCACUCAACGUCGCGUAUAGCACCUGUACCACUAAACCAUCGUCAAAGAGCCCCGAAUAACGAUUCAGCAACUUAUGAGUUCUCUCAUCUUUCGAGCAGCCUAGAUGCGCAAGCUUCUAGAACGUAUUCAUCACAGCACAUACCCGAGUCUUCGCAACCACAACCUCUACGCUUUCUUAAACGCGCGUCAACAGCUCCUCCAACUCCUCCGAUGUCUUGGGGUAGUAGUGUUAGCAACGGAGAUGGCCUCUCCGACCAGAUGCAGUCCAUGUAUAUCGCUCCUGAACACCCUGGAGCUUCCAAUCCAGCACCAGAGCCAUUGAAGGUAGCUCAUGGAACCUUUGAGCAUAUCACCACUGCCAGCAGCAUGAGCAGUAAUCGCAGCUCUAGCAUCAUUUCGUCGCCCAUGCAAGGCUUGCCUGGUAGCCCUUUCCAAUUAUCACAAAGGGGUUUCUCCAUUUCGACCAUGCAAAGCACAGAAAGCGAGGCACUUGAAAUGAAUCCUAGCGAUGCUCAAGCUGAGAUAAUGCGUAGACUCAGCAGAAAGAAUGAUGGAUCAAGUCGGACGGGUUUCUCGUCUUUCAAGAAAAGCUUUUCACUUAAAAGGGCUGCGACUUCGACAAAACCGGCUAGUGGGCCAUCACAGGACACUUUGACCGACGUUCUUGAAGAAGUCGCUGCAGAAGGCAGUCUUUCUCUUGUCAAAGCAGUCAUUGGCAUGGGAGCCGACCCUAUAUAUCGAUCGAGCGGUAGAUUGAAAAGAGUAAAGCACGAAGCUUUAGCAAAAGCUACCUUGAGUGGGCGAGCAAAAGUGGUCGACUAUCUUUUGAGAGAAGGCGCUAGCUACGGAGAGACCACGAAAGGAAGUAGUUAUACUCCAAUGGAUCGCGCGAUACUCGCGGCUGCCUACAAAGGGCACGCGGAUCUUAUAAACUGCCUUGUAGCGUCGCACGAAGCAAAUCCAAUGGUUGAGCAAUGGCCGAGGGAGAUGUAUGACGCUCAACAUUAUUGGGCGGAGAACCAAGUCAGACUUGUGAAAACUAGUCUUCUCGACGGUCUUUCCAAAUGGAAGAAUGUUGACCAGGGAAUGAGUACACUGAAACUCAUUAUGCAACAUCAAGACUUCGACCCCACGGCUUUAGUUUCCGGCGUAUUCGACAACAAGAGUGAACUGCAAAGUGCUGAGUUUGGGUACCGUCCGUGGCAGACGACAUAUGAGUAUUCGGUGCUAUCUUGUUUCGUCCGCGCAGGCUGGGCAGACGCGGUGGAAGAGAUGCUGAGCAUAAAGGGCAUGCCAGAAAACUACGAGAAAGAGGAUGACGUCUUGCAAUAUCAAGGAAAGGUCACGCGAUACGUGUCACCAAUCAACGCAUUGACGAAAGAAACAUGGGACAAGCGACCGGAAGACGCACUUCGCAUACUAAGACUACUGAUCGACAGAGGCUUCAACCCAUGUCUCGCACAACGCACCGCCACCGAUCUGGGUUUAAGAACGGCGAUCGGACGAGCGCUUUCAGCAGAUGCUGCGCAAGGAGUCGAACUUAUCUUGCAGGCCAGGGGCGGGCUAGUACGAGAAGAUGUCUUCUUCCGUCGAAACAGAAAAGAGAUCAAAGCCCUGCCACUUGCUGCUGCUCUCUCAUUCGACUCUCUGGAAACAGCUCGCGUACUUCUUCGGGCAGGUGCACAUCCCCGCGACCCAGCUUUUGAGGAUAUGAAUGUACUGCAGUUCGCCGCCUAUCACAGCAGUGAAACCAAUACGUCGAUGCUCGCGGAAAUGAUAGGCCUUGCUCCAGAGCUGACAUAUGACGCAUUAAGCUUCGCCAUUAAAGGCAUUAACAAAGAUGCGGUACGUGUGCUUCUAGACACCAUCUCCGCAGCCGCCCGACGGGGACAGAUCGCCGCUCUGCCGCCCAUUCACGAUAUGCUCCUCCACUGUACUCCUCCCACUAAACAGGAGCCUAAUACGCAAUACCUUGAGCUCAUCGACAUGGUGGUUCAAUGGGACGUCGGAUAUGCGCUACAACGUCCGCAACUUCCGGCAAUCUUGUCGGCGAUUCGGAAAGACAACUACAUUGGUAUGGAGAAACUGCUCCAGCUUGGCGUAGUAGAUGGUAGCAGCCUAGUGUUGAACAGCAAGGCGCAGCCACAUGGAGAGUUAGGGAUGUGGACCAUGUUGGAAUGCUGUGAGUUGACAGAUAGGAGUUCGGAGUGGUUGGGUCUGUUGAGAAACUUUGGGGCGCCAUUGUAUCAUUGA